CGUUUAACUAUCUAAGCCGUUCUUGGGCGGAGUCCUUUUGAGUUUUAACUUUUUAAGUAAUAAAUAUUACCACACAUUUUAUUUUUUUAUAAUUUGUACUUAAAUGUGUUUCAUUUGUGUUUAACUUGCAUCAUUUUUAUCGACGAUUAAGUAAAAAAUAAAUCGAAAAUGAGACUGAGAGCAAUAUUAGGUUACUCGAUCUUCGGAACGGGAUCCACAUUGAUGUCGGCUAUCAUACUGUUCUACCUGUUGGCCGGUAAAGGUGAGCAAAUCAGUGUUGGUUGGUUCUUAGCCAAUACAUCGCCGUAUAUGUGGGCUGUAUUGGGUAUAUCUCUGGCGGUUGCCCUGUCUGUGGUUGGAGCUGCGUUGGGAAUACACACGACUGGUGUGAGCAUCGUCGGUGGUGGAGUGAAAGCACCACGCAUCAAGACCAAGAAUCUUAUAUCUGUCAUCUUCUGUGAAGCGGUAGCUAUCUAUGGACUGAUCACUGCAAUCGUCAUGUCUGGCCAGUUGGAAUCGUUCACAGACAACGUAGAUACCGCACAACAAAUUAGAGAUCAAAAUUGGAUGGCUGGCUAUUUAAUAUUUGCUGCCGGUAUAAGUGUAGGUUUGGUAAAUCUAUUUUGUGGAAUAGCUGUUGGAGUAGUGGGUUCAGGUGCGGCAUUAGCAGAUGCAGCAAACUCUUCACUUUUUGUCAAGAUUUUGAUUGUUGAAAUUUUUGGAAGUGCUAUUGGUCUUUUUGGGCUAAUCGUUGGCAUAUACAUAACUUCAAAAGUGAAGAUGGGUGAUAAGUAAUCAAUCUAAUAUUCUAUGUUAUUCCAUGUGUAUAUUUAUUUUUGAAUAGUUUUGUUUUGAUUUUGAAUUCUCCAAUAAAAUGUAAUACAUUGGAUGGUUCUUAAAUCUACCAAGUAGUAUUAGUGUUAUUACUAUAAGUUAACUAAUUAUUAAUUAUUUCACUCGGUCUAUUCAAAUUAUUUGUACAUCAAUUCCAAACACAUUUCAUAUAGAAGUUUAUAAUAUACAUUUAUUUGUAAAAAAAUUGUAUUAAAUUAUUAACACAUAGUCCUAUUUCCAUUCGGAUAGGCGGAUAGGCCAUUUUUGGCCUACCGGGAAAUUUUAAAAAGGGGCCCCCACAUGAAAAAAAAAGUCUAAAAAAGGCCCAUUACCGAAAUAUGAUGGAGGGCCCACCGGGAAAUACUCGGUUGCUCGGUAGGCCUAUCCGCCCAUGAUUCAUAUUGUAGAAUUUGAUCAAAUUUGGCCUACUGUUAAUAAUUGUAUGAAAAAUGAUUCAUACUAAAUUAAUAUUCUUGGAAAUCCUUUAACUUAUAGACUACUUAUUAUAAGGGAUAUGUUAUUAAAUUUAAUUUUUGCAGUACAUAUAUUCAUAAUGAGUAAUAUUCUAAAUAUUAUGUUUUACGUUUAAGAUAGUAGACAUUAAACCAAAACAAAUUGUUCAUUUUAUUUUAAUAUUUAAUAUCAAAAUAUGUACUUCAUCAUUCCACGUGUUCAUAAAUAAAUACUUGUUAAUUAAAAAAUUAAA